AUGGAUCCGAACACCAAGCUCCUUCUGGACGAGAUCCAGAAGACGAAGGAAGAGCUCAACCGCCGAUUCGACGACCAGGACACGAAGUGGGAGCGCCGCUUCGCGGAUUGGGAGUCUGGCCGCUCCACCCGCGACGCCACCAUCGACCAACGCCUUGCCGCCAUCGAGCGCGUUCCACCGGCGUCCAUCGAUCCCGACGUCGAGCUCCGCGUCGCCGCCCUCGAGUCGCUCCGCCUCGACCAGAUCCGCGCCGAGCAAGACGUGCGCGUCCAGGCGCUCAAGUCUGCGGUCUCGGGGACCGAAACCCUGGUGGAGGACCUCAAGAUCCAAAUCGCCAAGCUGUCUUCGACGACCGACCCUGGGGUGUUCGACACAAUGUCUCCCCGCCUCGGCGUCGCGGCUUCUCCUUCGUCGGCGUCCGCGCAUGUGUCUGCCGGGCUCAACGUCGACGUUCCCAAGGGGCACGGCUCUACAUCGAUUACACGGGAUAGUGGCCAUGGGUCAGUCACGACCCUGCGUCAUAUCCCGGCCAAUGGUAAGCCUCCAGACCCUGCUUCCUCCAACUCUCAGUUUGUGUUUCCUCUGCCACCACCGUUGCCCACUCAUCCACCUCCUUCCUCCUCUUGGCCGUCGCCGUUCCGCCCUCAAAUGUUUCCCUACCAUCGCCCUCCACCAAACCCCCCACCAUCGCACCCUUACAUACCUCAUCCUGCUUUUACUUCCCCUCCGCCGCUUAUUUCAUCCCAACCCAGUUCACCCCAUUCCUACACUCCUAACACCGGUCGCCUUCCCAAGCUCCACUUCACUCGUUUUGAUGGUGACAAUCCUCGUUUGUGGCGUUCCCGUGCUGAGAAGUACUUCGCCAUGUACGCUGUGCCCGAAUCCAUGUGGAUUUCCGUGGCUAAAAUGCAUCUCGAUGGUCUUGCCGCACUUUGGUUUCAAUCCAUUGAGUCGCAGAUUCCACACUGUUCCUGGCUGGACUUCUGUCGUAUGAUGCAUGAUCGCUUUGAUUGCGACCAGAAGGAACUCCUCAUUCGCCAACUCUUCCAUAUUCGUCAAACAUCCUCUGUCGCUGAUUAUGUCAAGCAGUUCUCGGAAUUGAUUGAUCAGCUCUCUGCCUAUUCUAGUAACACAGACCCCAUGUAUUUCACCAUGUGUUUCAUCGAUGGCUUGCGUCCUGAGAUCAAGUCUGUUGUUCUGGUUAUGCGACCCCAAACUCUCGAUGCUGCUAGCUCUAUUGCAUUGUUGCAGGAAGAGGCGACUGGGACUUCUGGUGCCGCUCAGGCCAGGCGUGGUGAUUGGUCUGCUCAACUUCGAUUACCGGCACCGCCCGCGGUGUCACGGUCGGCUCUGCCCCUGCCCCCGCCUCCGCCGCGGCCGUCGGCCCCACCGCUCGUGACACCGGCGCCGUCGCCACCGGCGACGGGUACACCACCUGCGGAUGCCAAGCUGUCCGCCCUCAAGACCUAUCGGCGCGCACUGGGACUGUGCUACAAGUGCGGUGCCAAAUGGAGCAAGGACCAUCGAUGCUCUCCGGAGGUCCUACAGGCCGUUGACGCCUUGUGGGAGUCCUUCUCUUCUGAUGAUUCAUUGGCGGACUCUUGCCCAGGCUCUUCAUCCCCCGAGCAGAUAUUGCUGGCGCUGUCCAAGUCUGCAAUCUCGGGCGUGCCGGCAGCUCGCACCAUCAGGCUGACAGGCAAGUUACAAGAUAUCCCUAUCACCAUUCUUAUUGAUUCGGGCAGUUCCUCUUCAUUUGUGAAUGAGUCCAUAGUACACCUGCUGGUCAAUGCGCCGAUCCAAGGGGUGUCAUGUUCAGAUUGCUGGUGGCGGCAUCCUUCUCAUAUUGAUGUGGUUAUUGGAAUGGAUUGGUUGGAGGCCUUCAGCCCAAUGCAAGUGGAUUGGAAGCAUAAGUGGUUGGCAGUUCCGUAUGAGGGUUCUGUCCGAGUCCUCCAGGGACAUGACCUAGUUGCUCCUCAGUACAUGCUGCUUCAACUCGAGCAGAUAGCUGCUCUGCCCAGUCCUUCAACUCAGUGUUCCUCCGUUCCUCCGGCCAUCACAUCUCUGUUGUCUAAGUUUGAGGACUUGUUUCAGGAACCAGUAUCUCUGUCGCCUUCUCGCGCCUGUGAUCAUGAGAUUCCGUUGAUUCCAGGCGCUCAACCUGUGUUUCUCAGGCAGUACCGCUAUUCGCCCAAGUUAAAAGAUGAGAUCGAGCGCCAAGUGCAGGAUAUGUUGACUCAUGGUAUUAUUCAGCGCAGUGCCAGUGCGUUUUCCUCUCCAGUCCUCCUGGUGAAGAAGAAGGAUGGAACAUACCGUUUCUAUGUGGACUUCAGGCACCUCAAUGCCAUUACACAAAAGUCCAAGUUUCCUGUGCCCGUCUUUGAUCAACUUAUGGAUGAACUCCACGGUGCUCGUUGGUUUUCCACAUUGGAUUUGUGGGCUGGUUUCCACCAGAUUGUGCUUAAGGCUGGUGAAGAGCACAAGACAACAUUUCAGACUCAUUUUGGCCAGUAUGAAUUUCGUGUCAUGGCGUUUGGACUGACUAGUGCGCCUGGCACAUUUCAGGGCGCCAUGAAUGUCACCCUUGCUCCCGGGCUGCGACAGUUUGUGAUCGUUUUCUUUGAUGAUAUCUUGGUGUACAGCCAGUCGUUUGAGGAACAUGUUCAGCAUCUUCGGCUGGUAUUCCAGUGGCUACGUGCCGAUCAGUGGAAGCUCAAAUUGUCCAAAUGCAGUUUUGCUCAAGAGUCCAUUUCUUACCUGAGGCAUGUUAUUUUAGCAGAAGGCUUGGCCACAGACCCGUCCAAGAUUCAGGCCGUUGUUGAUUGGCCGACCCCAACUUCAGUUAAAGAACUACGAGGGUUUCUGGGGCUUGCAGGCUAUUAUCGCAAGUUUGUCCGCAACUUUGGUAUUGUUGCCAAGACACUCACUGGGCUCCUCAAGAAGGAUCAGUUGUUCGUCUGGACUCCGACCCAUGACAAGGCCUUCCAGUUGUUGAAAGAGGCGCUUUGCUCAGCCCCGGUGUUAGCCCUGCCUGACUUUGCUAAACCUUUUCAUAUCAACACUGAUGCGUCGGGCGCGGGAAUUGGCGCGGUGUUGCAUCAGGAUGGUCAUCCACUUGCGUUUCUCAGCAAGCCGCUCUGCCCUCACAAUCAAGGACUCACAGUCUAUGAGAAGGGGUAUCUGGCUCUGCUUAUGGCUGUGGAUCAGUGGCGUCACUACCUACUUCAUGCUGAGUUUGUGCUCCACACCGAUCAUCAGUGCCUGACUCACUUGAAUGAGCAACGCCUCCACACAGCCUGGCAACAAAAGGUCUUUGCUCGUUUACAAGGGCUACAAUACAGGAUAGAAUAUCGCAAAGGCACUAAGAAUGGUGCCGCUGAUGCUCUGUCACGCCGCUCUCAUCCGGAGCACUUGAGUGCUAUCUCCUCUGUCCAACACCAGUGGCUCGCAUCAGUCACCCAGUCGUAUGCUUCUGAUCCUAAGGCUUAG